AUGUCGAAUCCUGCCGAGUCAGAUCUCAGCCGGACGGCGAGAUGGUUGGUUCCUUUUGGUCUGAUUCUCUUUCCUUUCUUCUGGGUCAAUCGUGUCAAUACGAUUGUCCCGGAGCCUUACCUGGAUGAAGUCUUCCACGUCCCCCAAGCCCAGGCAUACUGGGCACAUAAAUGGACUCAAUGGGAUCCCAAGCUCACUACUCCGCCGGGAUUGUAUCUGGUCUCCUAUCUGAUCUUCACUCUUCGAACUCCGGAGGCGCUGACUACGGAUGUUCUUCGUAUGACCAACAUUGGCGCCAUCUCGGUCUUGCUGCCAUGGAGAUUGCAGACAUUGCUGGACACGAUCCAGAAAACGACAAACACUCGGCGAUUGGGUGCGAAUUUGUCUCAUACAGUCUUGAACAUCUGUCUGUUCCCGCCCCUGUUCUUCUUUUCCGGUCUGUAUUACACGGACGUGCUUGCUUUGCUCUUUGUGGUUGAAGCAUACAACUGGGACCUGAAAAGGGACUCGCAGACAGCUCCCAAUGCGAAGCGGAACAGGCUUCUGGAGAAUUUGGGAUUCCUGGGUUUUGCUCUAUCGGCAUUGGUCUGUCGCCAGACCAACAUCUUCUGGGUUGCUGUGUUCCUGGGUGGACUCCAGGCUGUCCGAUUAAUUAAAAGAUCUUCCAAGUCUUGCAUGUCAUCUAAAUGGCUGAACAUCGUCAAGCAAGGUGGACAGAAUGAGGUUUACGACCCACCCGUGUCAGGGGCUUCAUUGGAAGACUACGUUAAGACUGCUGUUUCCCUUGCCACUGUUGCUCUGAGGAGGCCAUUUGCACUCCUCGCCUCCGUUGUUCCGCACCUGGUUGUUCUCGGGGCCUUCGGAGCAUUUGUGCUCUGGAACAACGGCGUUGUACUCGGCCACAAAGAGUUCCACACUGCUGGCAUUCACCUGGCACAAAUGCUCUAUAUCUGGCCCUACUUUGCCUUCUUCUCAUGGCCACUUUUCGUGAUUCCAUUGAUUAACAUCCUUGCUCUCAAGCCACUUCCCACUUGGAUCAACCUCGGCUUCCCCCCUAAGCAAACCAAGUACCCCAGAGUCAAGGCUGCUCUCAUUGUCCUCCCACUCAUGCUCGCUGUGGUUCACUUCAACACCAUAGUGCACCCUUUCACUCUUGCUGAUAACCGACACUAUGUUUUCUAUGCGUUCCGUCUCCUUUUGGGCAUCCACCCUGCCGUCAAGUACGCGGCAGUGGUGGUCUACUUCCUGUGUGGAUGGGCGGUCAUCUCGGCCUUUGGGUUCACCACCAUCCAACGCCCACCUCGCACUGUGCGCAUUCAACAGCCCCCAGCCCCUCCUGCUGCACCUGCCCCGGCCCCUGUCCCGGCUCCGGCUCCAGCCGCGGUCAAAUCAAAGCCCAAGCCCAAGCCCAAGCCAGCACAGGCACACGAGCAGCCACCAAAGGGGACCAAGAGGCCCAACAAGCCCAACCGGAAAAGCAGCCCUCAGCCCGCGCCCGAGAAGGCCGCUGAACCCGCCCCUGAAAAGAGCACCGACCCAACGGACCCAGAGGUUCUGGCCAAGGUGCAGCAGCACCUUCUUAUGCGCCAGAAAGAGACAAUCGAGACACCUCGUGUCAGUUUCGUCCUGAUCUGGCUGGCUGCCACUUCUCUUUCCCUGAUCACCGCGCCUCUCGUUGAGCCACGCUACUUUAUCAUUCCGUGGGUCAUGUGGCGUCUUCAUCUUCCUCCUUUGCCAUCUCUGUAUAAGCACCGGGAGACACGCCCACGUGAGGAAGCAGCAAAGCGAAACUCCGACUUUAUUAUCAACUCUCCCAAGUUUGUGGAGAUGGCAUGGUUCUUGAUCAUUAACUUGGUCACGGGCUAUGUCUUCCUGUACAAGGGUUUCGAGUGGCCACAGGAGCCUGGUAAAAUCCAGCGCUUUAUGUGGUGA